CCAUCACCCAAGCAACACUGGUCUAGACGUGGCGACAGUUCGUGUUUUGUACUCCCGUCGCAUCUCGCCAAGAUGAUGGAAGAGGCGGCAGACGACACAAACGGCGACUCCACGUUCGAGUUCGUGGGAGUUAAGGAUGCGACUGGCCACCAAGACGCCGCCGACAAACAGCCGGACGGCGGCAACAGCAGCACGGGGACUGGCGACAAACCACCGUCGUCCGCACCACCCAUCGUUGCCACAACAAAGCAGACAAUGUUCCAACCUGCCUCGCCGCAGACGACGACCCAGGCGCAGAUUCCUCCUCGACCAAUCACGUCGCCGUUUCAACUGACUCAAAUGCCUACAUAUGCCGUGCCAGCGCUGCCCACUGUACCAAACGUAGCGCCAGCUGCCGCUGCACCGGGACCACAGAGUUUUGUGUCGAGCUUCCAGCCUCAGCCGGGUUAUCAGCCUCAGCCGGGUUAUCAGCCUGCCACACAGCAACCAGCAGUGGCUCAGCCGCCACCACCUCAGCAAUAUUACACCCCUGAAACUAACUAUGAGGCUUACAUUGGAUCUGGGGACCAGUCGUCCUUCUCGUUGUCCCUUCCGACGGACUACGAACAGGGCGUGCCCCACUCUUCGGCAGGUGGGGCCCCGACAGCUGGGGUCUGGGGCUGGUUCAAGGGAAACGACUUCCUCAACAAGGUGGCCGAGAAGGCCAAGAACUCUGUGGAUUCCAUGAUUACUACACUGGAUCCUGGGAUGAAGGAAUUUAUUUAUUCUGGAGGUGACAUCGACGUCCUGGUGGCGUCUGACGACGAACUGCGCGUGAUUGGUCCGAUCCGCGAGGCCUUCCAGAAGGUGUUUGGGAGGGCCACCGUGACGGGCAUCUCCAUGCUGCCUUCCAACAUGGCUCCCCAGCCGGUUGGAUUUGCGGCCGGAUUGCAGGCGGCCGAAGACAAGAUCACCUCCCUCCAGCAGACGGGACGUGCAUCGCCCGCACAGCCGACGAUAGCCAUAGAGAAUUUCAUUGCAGAGAUGACCUCGGAAAGCUGGUUCGACCUGUGCUGCCUGGUGCUCAAGGACGGCACCCACAACGUCUGCCUGCACACCUUCGGGCAGCCGACACCCGUACCCGCCGAAGUCGUGGCGGAGAUCCAGGACCGGACUCCGGCGGACUACCCGCUACGCUGGUGCGGCCUCGCCGUCACGGUCGGCGAAGUCGCCGGACCGCGGCUCUGCGUGCCGCAAUCCGAGUGGCGCGCCGUGCUGGGCGGCGUCGGAGAUGCCCAGCUGAUCGCUUCCGCCGCCUACACACUCGCCACACUGUACCGGAGGUCGUUGCACCGGUGACCUCGGGGUCAUUGAUCUCGUUCCCCCACCCCAACCAGCAAAUCUGAGACUCUUGUGCCGUAGUCCCACUAGAUUGACAAACAAAGGUAACAGACGCCGGUAAGCCUCAGGCAUGUGUAGGAUGCAUGCAAAGGUGUCUUCGGAAGGCUUGUAAUCACUCGUGUGUACAAUACGAGCUGAAACAUUCAGUCCUAUGCGUACAGCUUCCACAAGCUCUAUUAGUAUCUCUCAAAUUGUGAAAGAGUUCAAAGAUUGAGGUCCAAGCUUUCUGUACCAACACAUUUUAGCACAAAAGCUUUUUUAAGACCGACAGCUAAACUGAAGAAGCACGGUGGGUUGUUUCGGCUCGUAUUGGCUGCAGGAGUACCUUUGCGUGCACGCUGCACAAGUUUGAGGUUGGUCGGUGUCGGUUGCUUCCGUUUGUUGCUCUAGUGGGAUUCAAGCGUUGGCGAGCGACGUCACUCAAAGGAGUGGCCGUGAUAUUUCAGGAUUUUGGGGACGCACGUUUCGUGUUGCCGGUUUUGAGGACUGUGAUCGGCUGUGGCUGAGGUCGAUGCGGUUUCUAUAGUCCUUGCACGGCGUCUUUUUUUUUGUUGCGUGUAAUUUUUUUAUUAACUACUUGGCUGCGAGAGUUACGAAUACAGCUGAUGCGAUUCUGUUGUCCUGAGCGAAAACAAGGUUGCACCGAAUCAGUUUCGUAGCGUACAAAACACAUUGCGGUGUUACUGUGUUCUAGGUUGAUUUCUUCACUUUUUCUUUUCCACAUCUAGUAUCUUGGUUCUCAUAACCUUACCCAGCUGUUUCAGCCGCUGCUAUUGAAUGUUACAAAGAUGGGUCUGGAAGCUAACAGAUUGCAAUGGUGCCAAUGUGAGCUUCGGGUCUCUCUUAUCAUGCACUCGGGACUGUCCUUUUAUCCUUUUUGGGUGCCGUUUGCAGAGCCUUUGUUCUGUUCUUUAGAGUCAUUGCUGAGCCAAGAAGUUUGCAGACUUGCGACUGAAGUAAUUCUUGCCCUACUGUUGUUUAUGCUGUGCGACGUCUUCGGUGAUUGUAUCAAUUUAAUGUUUACAGAGAUUAUCGAAUUCUUGGCAAGAGUUAUUGCUAGGGCUAUUGUGCCAAGACCCGCACGCUUGUGUAAUGAUUUAUGGGAAUGCUCAUUGGUGCUAUAGUUGGUGGAAAUGCCAGAUUUUUCUUGUAAAUGAAAUUAUGAAGCAUGUUUCGUUUUUUCUCAGCCAUGUACGCCGUUUGAUUGGACUUGUUCGAUUUCCCCUUCUGCUCCAGGUCUUCUCGAGUGUGUUGAAACAUUAUCUUUGAGGCACAUGUGGUUACUUUUGUCUCGAUUAAACGUGGUGUUCCUUUGCCCCUCUAGUUUAGCAUAGAUUCCGUUAGACAUGUUGUAAAAAAACAAUAAAGGGUUAGUUGUACCAACCUUUUCUAUGCAGAACUGGCAAGUGAGUGAUUAUUGUGUUUUUAUCUUUUGUAAAGGGCUGUGUUGUAACAGUAUUGAAUAACGAUGGGGUUGGGGUUAAAUUUGCACAUUAAAAAAUCAAUGCCAGUCAGACGUCUGUUUAUUUCUACAAUCCAGGGCCCUGCAUAUCUUGUUUUCCUGGCGUGUGCAAGUUUGGUUUGUGCUAACUUGACGUAGAGUGUAACACAGCAUGAAAAAACUAAUUUUUUUUUACUUUUACUAGUAAAACUGUGUCAACAAUACUGGUGCGAUGGACUGCAGACGUUUGCAGUACUGACUUGGGAGGCAAAACUUGGUGUGCCCUGACACCUUGUCUAAGCUAAGUAUAAAAGAGCACCAAUCUUGUGUUCAUACUAACUGAAACGCACAGUGUAUAUGGUGCGCAUAAAAUUUUUGGACGACGAGUCUAUACUCUGCCUACCAUUUUGUGUUACGUUGCCAAGACUAGUGUAGCGUCUGUAGUGUUCCAACUCUUCAAAGCCAGUUAUGAGAGCGCAUGUGGAUGAACCACAAGACAAAGCCACGUGCUCUAGCUAGCAGUAGUGUUGGGCUGCGGUACCUAUGCUAGCCUUGAAAAUGGGGCACAAGGUAGUUAAUGCAAAGUACAGAAAUGCACCGCUUCCAAGAAAGAUAACCUGCAUUCUGUGGCACCAACAUGUGACACCAGCAAAAACUAUUACAAAAUAUAUAGCCAGUGCAUGCCAGUCAUGUUGCAUUUGUUGGGUGAUGAAUGACUUUGCUCAUUUUUAACUUGUUUUUUUUUUUUUUUUUUAGAAAGGUGUGUUUGUGGCUAGUGCAUGGCCUGGUGGCUGCACUAACAUUCCAUGGUACCUUGUGUUUUCUUUGGUUAUGCCGAAUAAAGUACAGUUGUGGUGGCA